GUCGUUGCCCCAGGCCCGGCACCCAAUAAAUGGCUCUGCAUUUCACAUAACAGUUAUCUCACAGCUUUCUUCCUCCUUUCACCUUCCUCAACUCAUCUGAAAAUGUCUGGACGCGGCAAGGGCGGCAAGGGCCUGGGCAAGGGCGGUGCCAAGCGCCACCGCAAGGUGCUUCGCGAUAACAUUCAGGGCAUCACCAAGCCCGCUAUCCGCCGUCUGGCUCGCCGUGGCGGUGUGAAGCGUAUCAGCGGCCUGAUCUACGAGGAGACUCGCACGGUGCUCAAGACCUUCCUGGAGAACGUCAUCCGCGACUCGGUCACCUACACCGAGCACGCUCGCCGCAAGACCGUGACCGCCAUGGACGUGGUGUACGCCCUGAAGCGCCAGGGCCGCACCCUGUACGGCUUCGGUGGUUAAGCGGCUUUUGUGGCGACUGCUGUGAGGGGGAACAAGGCACGUAUCCACGCUGUCUUGCCCCUCGCACCUGGCUGUCAACCUCUUCAUCCAAAACUCGGUGUUUCUCAACACCACCCUGACACAUGGUUGCGUCUUCCUGGUGGGCUCAUUCGGAGAGCACUAUGAUUUUGAAAGCACCUGCUUCGGGCCAGCUGGGAAUUAUGGGUAAAGGCGCAGGCGCGUUCGGGGGCUCGCACGGGCUCGCUUCACCAUGGGCGGGGCUCAGCGUCCAGACGUCCGGUACUCAUGAAGCCCAUUGCAUUGCGCUGGCGCACCUCAAAAAGCGACAACAGUCUGCAGGUGCUGCUUUGCAGCCGUGGAUGCUCUCCUGCAGUGCAGCGCUGCGUGGAUGGUGGUUGGCAGCUGUGCAUGGGCGUGCCGUCGUGUGGGGCGAGACCUGGAGUGCAGCGGCAUGGCGGUGUGAGACGUGGCGUGCAACGUAACAGAGUCUUUUCGCGCGUGCGUGUCUGCGUGUACAUCUAAUGCUUUACGC